UAGUGAUAAGAACUUAUCUCUACUGUAAUUGUAUUGUAUUUUGCCGUUUAUUGACCAAUCAAAGGGAUUGAGGAGUGCCAGAGAUCAGCCAUAAGUCUUCCAGGCAGGGCAUUUAACCAAAUUCCACGAUGCGUCUGGUGAUUCUAGACUCUGCAGAAUGUGUUGGCGAAUGGUCAGCACGGUAUGUGAUGAAGCGGAUAAAUGACUUCAAUCCAGGACCGGAGAGAUACUUCGUCCUGGGACUCCCAACGGGCAGUACCCCACUCAUAAUGUACAGGAAGCUGAUUGAAUUCCAUCAGGCAGGGAAGAUCUCCUUCAAGUACGUCAAGACAUUCAAUAUGGAUGAGUAUGUGGACCUACCGAGGGAUCAUCCGGAAUCCUAUCACUACUACAUGCAUCACAAUUUCUUCCGACACAUUGACAUUGAUCCCGCCAAUGCGCACAUCUUGGAUGGGAAUGCUCCGGAUCUCGUGGAGGAGUGCCGGAAGUUUGAAGCGGAGAUCACAAAAGCCGGGGGCGUGGAACUGUUCAUUGGUGGGAUUGGACCAGAUGGGCAUAUUGCUUUCAAUGAACCCGGAUCGUCUCUUGUCUCGCGAACACGCGUGAAGACACUGGCACAGGACACCCUGGAGGCCAAUGCACGUUUCUUUGGGAAUGACAUCAGUAAGGUGCCCAAGCAGGCACUAACAGUCGGCGUUGCCACCGUUAUGGACGCCAAGGAGGUGAUGAUUCUUGUUACAGGCGCCCACAAGGCUUUCGCACUGUACAAAGCCAUCGAAGAGGGGGUUAAUCACAUGUGGACCGUGAGUGCCUUCCAGCAGCAUCCCAAUACACUCAUGCUAUGCGAUGAAGAUGCCACACUGGAGCUUCGCGUAAAGACGGUCAAGUAUUUCAAGGCAUUGAGUGAUCUUCAUAAUAAACUUAUUGCAAAUGAUGGCAGAAGCCGCCGAGGAGGCUGUCCAACGGAUUAAGUGGGCCUCUACAAUGUUCAUAAAAAAUUAAUUGAGGACACGUAGCUCACACAGAAAAGGCGUCACAGCAUGGAUAGGAAUGAAUUUAGUCGCAUCACUGUAGAGGGGAUAAUGUGGGGUUUACUAUUAAAGGGGUUAAAGCCAACAAUAAACAACAAAAAUCAUCAAGACGCUGUGAAAAUCCUUUGAGCCUCAAUUAGUUUUUUUCUUCAAUUUAUACAGUUUUUUUCUCAAUUUAUUUGUUCGCAAUUCCACAGAAAAUAUUGUAUUUUAUAAUUUUUAAUAUAUCCUUUUUUCUUAAAUCUCUUACAAUACUAAUCAAAAAAAUAUAUUAUAGAUUUUUCAAUAAAUCACAAAAAAGAUAUUUCUUUAACAUUGAGAUAAA